AUGGAUGUGUUGGACAACAAGUUUAGACUCAUUGAAGAUAAUUUAGACCACUUGUCAUCACUUGACGUACAUUUAGAGGCCAUCACUAUUGCUCUCAAAGAAGAGGCAAAUCGUCACCAUUUGAGCCAAACUCGAGACAAUUGGCGUAUUGUCUCACUUGUGUUGACACGGAUUCGCCAUCACUUGACACCACAAGACAGUAGCCCUCGUGUUGAUCACACCUUAUGUCAGACAUUGAGUCAUGUUUUCAGACUUCUGAGGAAUUCAUUAGUGAAUUGUCUGCCAAAUAAGCUAUUGAUUGUCACCAAUGGAUCCAUUCUUGAGGACUCUAUUUAUAUCUUUAAUGAGUUAAUCGAUUGCCAUAAAAGUGCCCAAAAAGUUGAUGAUAACGAAGACUUUGUUCCCAAAGAGGCUUUAAUUGAAGCGAUUAAAUGUUGCCUUCAGUUCUUCGCCAAUCUGUUGAGUGGUUUGGAUGAGACAAUCCAAGAGUUGUCACAAUUAAGGCAUCAAAUGUGGACUUUAUUUGCAUUUGAUUUGUUCCGAUAUUUGCUGGACUUGGAAGACGACAAGAGUGUGGUAUUGAUCUCGAGUAUGAUAUUCUACUCAUGUAUUCGUAAUAAUAGUUAUAUUGAAAACAAUUUGUUUGAAACCAAUCAAAGCGAAGACUUGGAGAAAAUGUUAACCAUUUGUCAGUUACUAUUGGAUCAAAUUGAGAGCUCUGAGUCUGAGUGGUGUCUCUGGUCUUUACAACUGUUCCUCAAGUUUAAGAACUUUUUGAAUGCUUUUUACAAUAUGAAGACUAUUGAAGUGAAUGACACGAAUGUCCGCUAUUUGUGUCAACUCUUCAAACAAAACAUUUCCGAUGUCUUCGCCAUUGAUUCCCAAACGGAUGACAAACAGUCUGAAGAAAACAACAUCUCGAAUGCCACUCAUGUCUCCAAACUAUUGUCUAUUUUGUGUGAAUUAACAGCAAAUGAGAGUCUUUUGUGUCGGUUCCAAACAGACAGACAAUUGGUUAAGUGUUUGGUCGACACUCUGAAGACAAUUCAAUUGUUGUCCAAAUCUCAAGACUCGUCUCAUUUCAAGUCAAUACCACAAUUGAAACAAAUCAAUGAAACCGAUAGUGAGUCCCAAAACCCAGUGUUUGGCUUCAAACGGGACUUAAUCCGAGUGAUCGGGAAUCUGGUCUAUAAGUGCCCUCAGAUGCAGGACUGGUUGCGAGAAUUUGAUGGCAUUCCUUUGGUUGUCAAACACCAUCAGUCGCACCAAUUGAUCCACUGGUCCACCACUACAGCGGCCAAUCACCAACUCAUCCCACCUGAUGGUCACGAGAGUCCACACAAACUCACUAUCAGUGAAGACGUUCAAGAUAUUGGUCUCAAUAGUAAUGAUAAGUCAGUCAAAAGCACAGCUGAUCUCAAUGUGAUGGACACAGACGUGGAUGCAAACGAUGAUCUCAUUGAUGAUAGCAGUCAUCGCGUGAAUAACUCAUCGGUUCUUAGGUUUGGAGGGUAUGACAGACAGACGAUGAAGAUUGUGAUCACUGUCUGCGGGAACCAAACGCUGAGACAAAGUCUAAUAACACUGAAAUCGGCGGUACUUAUGACCAAAAGUCGACUUCAUUUGAUUGUUAUGACCGAUGAAUACAACCGAAGAAUCAUUAGUCGAGCCAUAUUGAAUGAAUGGCCAAACGAUGUGUUGAGUCGGAUAUCAUAUGAGAUCCAUUUGGUGUCGUUUCCCAAUACCAUGAAUGCCGAGGAAUGGAAGAAAUUGUUUAAAUUAUGUGCCGCUCAGAGACUCUUUCUUCCGGAUAUUCUAAAAGACAUCGAUUCCGUGCUAUACGUCGAUACAGACGUGUUAUUCCUGACACCAGUCGACCAAAUCUGGAGUGUUUUCGAUCGCAUGAAUGGCUCACAAAUGGCCGCAAUGUCUCCCGAGAGCGAAGACUUUGCCAGCAGUUGGUACUACCGGUUCGCCAAACACCCGUACGUCGAGAGACUGGGCAUCAACUCCGGUGUAAUGCUUAUGAACUUAACCCGAAUGCGAGACUUCCAUUGGACUGACUAUUUGGAGCCCUAUUUGUCUCAAUACCGACUGAGUAUCGUUUGGGGCGAUCAGGACAUCAUUAACAUUAUCUUCCACUACAAUACCGACAAAUUGUAUUUAUUUGGGUGCCAUUGGAACUACAGACCCGAUCACUGCAUAUAUACCCGGGUUUGCAAAGAGGCCGAGAGAGAAGGCGUUCAUAUACUUCAUGGCAAUCGCGGAGUCUUUCAAAGCGAGAAACAGCCCGCCUUUCGGGCCAUAUAUGAGGCGUUCCGGGAUUUUGAGUUCGGGACUGAUUUGUCGGUCCUUUUGAAUACAAUGAAGACAUCACUGGAGAAGACAACGAAUACUAAUUGCGGAAAAGCCAGCCAUAGCUUUACGUUGGCUUUGGAGACAUAUCUGAACAACAAUUAAGAGAAACUAUUUUAUAAAUUGUCGCACAAAGAGAUUAUGUGAAUAUUUU